CGGCAAGCGCCCGCGAUCCGCGCCCGGCCCAGGAAGCAAAGACUUUCGCAAUGAAACCCUUCCAGCUUCAAUUCAUGCAAGAACUGGAGUGCCACGUCCCAGGCCACUCCUCAGUGUGAUGGUUUGGCCUUGACUGGAGGGGAGGGACACGGAGUUAUUUGCCCCCGCUUCCCAGAUUCCAAUGACAGAUGGAUCUCUCACUCUUUCCUGGGCUCACUCGCUCUCUGUAUUGUUUUUUUCGACGUGUUUGAUCUGAAGUUCUGAAGCAUCUCAGAGGGGACCCAGGAGAGGACAAGGCGCAUGGAUGGUGUGAGCGGCAGGAGAGGCAGCUCUACCUUGUUCUUCCAAGUCACAUUGCGGUGUUGGGGGGAGGAAGGCGUGGAGGAGUCAUUCCUUCCAUCAAGAUUUGGUGGUGGCAGCUAAAUUUUGUUUUAUUUGAAAAGACAGCACAACAUCUUUUUCCCUCCCCAUUUGGACCUUUUCUGGUGGAUUGGGGGAGGCAGGAAGAAGUGGAUUUUGCUGUCCCCACUCCACGCCUUGUGUUGGCGCAGGGGGAAACAAAAAUGUGGGUGAUAGCACCAGAUAGAACUGGGGUGUCUGUGUCCUCCUAUCGCUAAGCUCUGAGCACUCAGGCCCUCUCCUCCCUUCACUUUAUUUUCUGGCAUCUUGGUUUCUUCUUGCCUGUAGUGGACAUUGCAUCCAACCAUGCCGUGCCUGGGAUUGUGGGCGUCUGCCUUGCUCUGUGUGUUUGUCCCUGGCAUGGUGCAUGGUGACUGCUGGCUGAUCGAGGGGGACAAGGGUUAUGUGUGGCUGGCCAUCUGCAGCCAGAACCAGCCCCCUUAUGAGACAAUCCCCCAGCACAUCAACAGCACGGUGCAUGACCUGCGUCUGAAUGAGAACAAGCUCAAGGUGGUGCUGUACUCCUCCCUCAACCGCUUUGGGAAUCUGACUGACCUGAAUCUGACCAAGAACGAGAUCUCCUACAUUGAGGACGGGGCCUUCAUGGGUCAGUCCAACCUGCAGGUCCUGCAGCUGGGCUACAACAAGCUCACCAACCUGACGGAGGGCAUGUUGCGUGGUAUGGCUCGGCUUCAGUUCCUCUUUGUGCAGCACAACCUGAUUGAGCUGGUCACUCCCACUGCCUUCUCGGAGUGUCCCAGCCUGAUCAGCAUUGACCUGUCUUCUAACCGGCUCAGCCGGCUGGAGGGGAACACCUUCACCAGCCUGAGCAACCUUAUGGUGUGUGAGCUGGCUGGCAACCCCUUCAACUGUGACUGCAGCCUCUACAGCUUUCUCAACUGGCUGGUGGUCUUCAACAAUGUCACAAAGAACUAUGACCGACUGCAAUGCGAGACCCCGCGAGAGUUCGCUGGUUACCCACUCCUGGUGCCUCGACCCCACCACAACCGCAAUGCCAUCACCAUAUUCCAGUCCAUGUGCCGGGGCGGCACAAUCCCCUCCCUCUCAAGAGUCAACCCCACCCCCUACACGCCUGACUCCCAGAGAGACCUGGAUGAGUCCUCAGGGUUCAACCAUGGGGACUUCCUGUCAGUGGAACCCCCAGCUUCUUCUACCACGGACUCCUCCUUCAAUCCCAGCAUCAAGGUCCACCAUGUGACCAUCACCUCAGCCACCUUGUUGGUGACCAUCCCCUCGCCCUACAGCAAGUUGUACGUUCUGACGCAAUAUAAUAACAGCUAUGUUGCCGAUGUCAGAACCCUGAAAUUCAAGAAGGAGUAUGUCGUCCUCAAAGAUCUGAAGACCCACACAGACUACACUUUCUGCGUGGCCUCCAUCCGCAACUCCAAGCGCUACAACCACACCUGUGUGUCCUUUACUACCAGGAGCAAGGGGAGGGAGGAUCCCAUUCCCAAUACCUCUACCACCACUCACUACAUCAUGACCAUCCUGGGCUGCCUCUUUGGGAUGGUCAUUGUCCUGGGAGUGGUCUACUACUGCCUGAGGAAGCGGAGGAUGCAGGAGGAGAAGCAGAAGUCCCUCAAUGUGAAGAAGACCAUUCUGGAGAUGCGUUAUGGCUCAGACAUUGACACCAGCUCCAUUGUCCACCCUUCACAGAAGCUGGGUGAGCCACCAGUCAUUCCCAUCUCACGGAUGUCCUCCAUCCCUUCCAUGAUUGGAGAGAAGAUGCCCCCAUCCAAGUCAAUGGAUGCUGGGAUGGAAACCCCAAAGGUCACUACCAAAGGCAACUACAUUGAGGUGCGAACAGGUGGUGGGGAUGGGCUGGAGAGAACCCAGCGAGAUGAUGACCUGCGGGAGCUCGACAAUGGCCAGGGUUCAGCAGCUGAGAUCUCUACCAUUGCCAAGGAAGUGGACAAGGUCAACCAAAUCAUCAACAACUGCAUUGAUGCCCUCAAGCUGGACACAGCUUCCUUCCUGGGAGGAGGGGGUGGCGUUGAUUCAGACAUGGCGUUUGAGUGUCAGUCCAUCCCCACCAGCUCCUCCGGCGGGCUGGAGCGGCCCAGCUUCCUCUCACCGCCCUACAAGGAGAGCUCCCACCACCCCCUGCAGCGCCAGCUGAGUGCAGAUGCUGCAGUGGCCAGGAAAACCUGCAGCGUCUCAUCCAGUGGCUCCAUCAAGAGCGCCAAGGUCUUCAGCCUGGAUGUGCCCGAUCACCCGCCGCUGAGCAAGUCAGACUCAAAAUACAUUGAGAAAGGCAGCCCACUCAACAGCCCCCUGGAUCGUCUUCCCCUGGUGUCCCCUGGUGCCAUCCACCACUUAGAGGUAAAACCUUCUUACCACUGCAGUGAACACCGGCACUCCUUCCCAGCCCUCUACUAUGAGGAGAGCGCAGACACCCUGAGCCAGCGGGUGUCCUUCCUUAAGCCACUCUCCCGUUCCAAGCGGGACUCCACGUACUCCCAGCUCUCCCCCAGACACUACUUCUCAGGCUACUCCUCCAGCCCUGAGUAUUCAUCAGAGAGCACUCACAAGAUUUGGGAGCGUUUCCGGCCUUACAAGAAGCACCACCGGGAGGAAGUUUACAUGGCGGCCGGCCACGCCCUGCGGAAGAAAGUCCAAUUUGCCAAGGAUGAGGAUCUGCACGACAUCCUGGAUUACUGGAAAGGCGUCUCCGCUCAGCAGAAGUUGUGACUCUGUCUUUACAAGGAAAAAUAAAAAGGACUCCCCAACAACCACAAGAAAGAACCACUUGACUGUGAAUCAAAGAACCAACAAAUGCUCCUGACAAAAAUGAACCGAAAACCAUUUCUUAAAAGUUUACAAAAAACAAACAAACCCCACCCCCAACUGAAAUGAAUUGUUUCUACUGUGUUACGGGGACCAUUGUUACUGCUGCAGGUGGUUGGGAGGAGCUGCCUGCUUUGACACUGUGGUAAUGUCGCCGUGCGUUGGGGUUAGCUGAGGUCCAGGACAUGGAGGGGCAGGAGGGAUAAGCAGUGAGGAGAGCAGGGGAGGUUGCUAACUAAGUGUAGACUAAAACACUAACCAUUGCUUUUCUGUUCCUAUUGCUCCUUUGUUCCAGAAUAGUUAUGUUUUAGGGCGGGAAUCCUGACUGCUCCCCAAAAGGGAUAAUGGCAAUUCCUACCCCCAUGCCCCAGGCAUUCCCAUCAAGAGGAAACUGGGGAUGUCCCCAUCCCUCUCGGGAUGGCAGUCCAAGUCAGUGGAAGCUAAGUUGUUAUUUUUACAGGGGCGACGUUGUGAAGACCUGCCCCAGUCUUGUGGGGUUUGUACAGAAACCAGAGUGUAAGAGGAGGAUCUCUUCCCAUGUCCUCUGCCCCCCACCACUCUGUCGGGAUUCCCUAGGUUGGAGUCAGGCUUUGUGGCUGGUGGCUGCAUCAGCCUCUAAUCUUCCUUGGGGUACAUAGUCCAGGGAACUCCUUUCCCCUACCUUUGAUUCAUGUAGGAAGAGCGGUCACUGGCUCUUGAGCCCUGCAGGGGGGGUCCCCAAGGCCAGCCCCAGCAGUACAUUCCAGUUAGUCUUCCAGUACGUGGUCGGGAGCAUGACCUCUGGCAUUGCUAAAGGCAGGGCCAGCAGAGAUGGGUGAGAAGACAGGAAUUCUCAACCUCUUUGAGAUCAGGAGUGUGCCCUUUCCCGUUGCACACCCCACACAUACACUCAGCUUACGUCUCCCUCCCACUCCCAGGCUCUGCUCCUCCCCUGCCCCCACUUCCCCUCCAUUCCCACUCUGGCCUGCGCUCAAGGAAGGGCUUCAACCCCUGGGGGUAUGGGCAGAGGAUACUUAGUGGAGGAAUCACAACAGCAGGAAACUACUGCAGCAGUGGCUGCUUUUGUGCCCUCCAGGAGCUGCUGCCCUGGUGACUGCCCUCAGUUACAUUACUGCCUUUGUCACCCUCUCACCCAGCUCUCCCAGAGCAGGGUCCCCCUUCCCUGAGGGGUGCAGAAAGAAUGGAUGUAAACAGACACUCAUGUGGCAGUUCCUGAUUGCCCCUCUACUCAGUCUGUCCAUUGAGAAAGUCCAGGGCUGGAGGAGACCUCCAGGGAGUGGGUCCCACUCCAAUGAGGCACAGGCAACUCUCCUAGAUAAGAGGCAGGCCCCAAAGUUAGAGAAAAGCUGGUAGGUGAAAAGCUGGUAGUGGGGGCAGGGUACAGGGACAGUACCCUAAGGAGGGGGAACAUGGUUGAGCAUGGCCUGGGACAAGAGGGUACAGUGCAGUAGGACAGCUCUGGGCAAAGGAGAGGAGGGUGCAGCUCAGGAAAUGAUGCCCUCAGCCUGCCCCUCCUGGGCCCUAUCGCAGAGGUGGUGCAGGUCAGGGGAGGGCUGUUCUUGCCUCGCUUACCUGGUACCGGCCAUCAGAAGAACUGGAGCACCCUUCUCACC